UCCCCUGAAUAUUUAUUCAGCGGUCAUCGUCGCACCCUUUGCCUUCUCGACGCGGACGAGAAGAACCGAAGAGCCGAAGGCCUCUCACGUUCUCAUCUCCUCCAAUCCACCCGUCUUCUCCGUCCAACGCCUCCUGUGAUCGCCAGUUGAGGGAACGAUGGGGCUCACUUUCGCGAAGCUAUUUAGCCGCCUGUUUGCGAAGAAGGAGAUGAGGAUCCUGAUGGUCGGGCUUGAUGCUGCUGGAAAGACGACCAUCCUUUACAAGCUUAAGCUUGGAGAGAUCGUCACCACCAUUCCAACAAUCGGAUUCAAUGUGGAAACUGUUGAGUACAAGAACAUUAGUUUCACUGUAUGGGAUGUUGGUGGUCAGGACAAGAUCAGACCUCUGUGGAGGCAUUACUUCCAAAACACACAGGGACUUAUUUUUGUUGUUGAUAGCAAUGACCGAGAUCGUGUCGUUGAAGCAAGAGAUGAACUUCACAGGAUGCUUAAUGAGGACGAGUUAAGGGAUGCUGUUUUGCUUGUGUUCGCUAACAAACAAGACCUUCCAAAUGCAAUGAAUGCUGCCGAAAUAACUGAUAAGCUUGGUCUUCAUUCUCUCCGUCAGCGGCACUGGUACAUACAAAGCACUUGUGCUACAUCAGGUGAAGGUCUGUAUGAAGGGCUUGAUUGGCUCUCCAGCAACAUUGCCAGCAAGUAAUCAAAGCUGCUCAGAGGCUCUCUUAUCUUAACAGCACCAGUGUUCGCGUUCCAUGCUUUUUGCCAUCACAGAAGCAAGAAAAUUAUCAAUGCUACACUUUUUUUUUCUGCCUUUGAAAACCCUAAUACUUUUGUCUCCAGAACAAAUACGUGUUUGGUUACUUAAAAUGUGAUCCUCUCCAAGAUCUUAUUUCCUUUUGCUGAUUGAGACGCCAACAGCCUUUGCUCGUUCA